AUGGCGAAAAAUAAUAAUAAAGGGAAAGGCUCAGCCAUUCCAGAUGGCGGCGUCGCAUUGAACGAUUCCAACGUUGGGGGAGAUUCUCUCCCUAAUUUCGAGGAAAACGCAUUCGCCGGCCUGCGACAGAAAAUCGAACAGAAGUUGAAGGACCAGAACUCCAAAUCGAAGAACAAAGGCAAGGGUGGCGCGAAGGAUGCUCCUAAGAACGAUACCCCUAAGAAGGAUGCCCCGGCUCCUAAGAAUAAUACCAAGAACGAAUCAGCACCGAGAGCUGCGCCGAAGCAAGAACCGAAGAAUGAUAACAAGGGCAAAAAACGGGAUCGCAACGGUGAUGUGAUCGCGCGGGAAGAAAAGUCUGCUGGGAAGGAUAAGGUGUCGAAAGCGAGUGAUGAUACCCUGCGCCAGGAGAUCUUGGCCCUCGGAGGUACUGAGGAGGAUCUCGAUUUGGUUGCAGGUGUUGAGUCCGAAGAUGAAGUGGAAGACGUGAAUACCUCGAAGAAAUCGGGCAAGAAAUCUGACGAUGAUGCAUUACGCAAAGAGUUGUCGAGUAUGCUGGCGGCUGCGGGUCAGGUUGUGCCAGAAGACUUGAAGGAUGACGAGGUGGAAGAGGAACAGGAAGAGGAGGCGGACGACGACGAGGAAGAGGAGGGAGAUGGAGAUGAUGAAAGCGAUGAGCAGGAAGAAGCUGAGGAAGAGGAGUCUGAUGCGGAAGAGGAGGCUUCUCCUGAGCCUUCUGCUAACGCUGAAGAAUACUCGAAGGAGACGAAAAAGGAACCCGUGAAACCAGAAGAAUUCGUUGUUCCCAAGGAAUUCGCUAAACUGGUUAUUCCACCGAGGUCUGACUGGUACGCGACAUCUCUCCCUUCGAUCAAAUCUGCGAAACUAGCGACUACACUUCCCCGUUAUGUGGUUGAUCGAUUGCACGAACAUGCCUUGUCGCUGUUAGAGAAGGAUACAAAGAUGUACAAUGCAGCGCAACAAGCUUCAGCAUCCUCAUCCCACAAGUUCUAUUCGACCAUAAUGGCCUCCGGUACACUCAGUGACAAGAUCUCCGCACUCACACUGGCCGUCCAAGAAUCUCCGGUGCAUAACACCAAGGCACUGGAGACCCUGGUCGGUCUUGGAAAGAAGCGAAGCCGUGCGCAAGCAGUCGAAGUGCUUCGUUCUUUGAAGGAUAUGUUCGCCCAGGGUACACUUCUCCCGAAUGAUCGACGACUCCGUUCAUUCGCGAACCAGCCGUCCCUCAUGGCUGCAUUCCAGGGAGUCAACAACUGGACUGCAAAUGACCCUCUUCCCAAUGGUCUCCAGAACAGCCAUCUCAUCCUGUGGGCUUACGAAAACUUCCUAAAGGACCAGUACUUCGAAGUCCUCAAGAUUCUGGAAGUCUGGUGCAAUGACGAGAUCGAGUUCUCCCGCUCCCGCGCUCUGAGUUACGUCUACGAAUUGCUGAAGGAGAAGCCGGAGCAGGAAGCUAAUCUUCUGCGACUGCUGGUCAACAAGCUUGGCGAUCCGAGCAAGAAGAUCGCAUCGCGUGCUUCGUACCUGCUCCUGCAGCUGGAACAAGUGCACCCCCUUAUGAAGCCGACGGUCGUCACAGCUGUUGAAGAGGUGCUUUUCCGGCCAGGACAAAGCCAGCACGCCAAGUACUAUGGUAUUAUCACAUUGAACCAGACUGUCCUGAGCUUGAAGGAGGAGAAGACCGCGGUCAAGUUGCUUGAUAUCUACUUCGCGCUUUUUGUUACCCUGCUAAAAUCUAAGAAGCCCGUUAAGAGUCAGCAAGGCAAGAACAAGCCCGGUAAUAGGAAGAGCAUCAAGAAGGCGAAGGAAGAGGAAAAGGGUCUUGCUCAACAGGAGGAGAUGCAGGACAAACUUGUGUCUGGUGUUCUGACUGGCGUCAAUCGAGCUUACCCUUUUACAAGCUCUGACACUGCUCGCCUUGCAAAACACAUCGACACUUUGUUCCGCAUUACGCACUCGUCAAACUUCAACACGAGCAUCCAAGCUCUCAUGUUGAUCCAGCAAUUAACGUCAUCGCACCAGGUCGGCGCUGACCGAUUCUACCGGACAUUAUACGAAUCGCUGCUUGAUCCCCGAGUUGCUACGUCAUCAAAGCAAGCGCUUUACCUCAACCUUCUGUUCAAGGCAUUGAAGAAUGAUGUGAACAUCCGACGCGUCAAGGCGUUUGUCAAGCGUUUAGUUCAGAUUCUUGGGAUGCAUCAACCGUCGUUUAUCUGUGGUAUUUUCUAUCUGAUCCGCGAGUUGGAAAAAACAUACAGUGGUCUACAGACGUUGCUUGAUCAGCCUGAGGAGAAUGAAAGCGAUGACGAAGAGGUCUUCCGGGACGUGCCUGAUGAGGACGAUGAACCACAGCAGCCAGAGGAACCUGAAGUUAAGCCGCAGAAGCCGCAGAAUGUAUAUGACCCGCGCAAGAGAGAUCCCGAGCACAGCAAUGCCGAUAAGACAUGUCUCUGGGAACUGCUCCCUUACAUGUCACACUUCCAUCCAUCAGUAUCGGUCAAUGCGGCCCACCUCCUCGACCACCAAACAAUGAGUGGCAAACCCGAUCUCUCCAUCCACACCCUCUCGCACUUCCUUGACCGCUUCAUCUACCGCACGCCCAAGGCAGACAAGGGCGCACGGGGAUCGUCCAUCAUGCAGCCGCUUGCAGGUGGAGAAACAGCCGAUCGGUUCAUUGGCGCUGGAAAAGCCGCGACGCACGUGCCGCUCAACUCCGAAGCCUUCUGGAAGAAGAAGGCGGACGAGGUUGCUGCAGAGGAUGUGUUCUUCCAUGAGUACUUCAACCGUGUCGGGAAGGAUAAGGAAAAGAGCAAGGCGCGGAGUAAGAAGGACGACAAGGAUCCCGUUGCCAAGCAUGAAGAGGAUGGGGAUCUCAGUGAUAAUGAGGAUGAGAUUUGGAAGGCGCUUGUCGAUUCGCGGCCUGAGCUGGAGGACGGUGAUAGCGAUGAUGAUCUGGACAUGGAUGAUCUCGAGUCUGCCUACGACGCGGAAGAGAAUGCGGAUGAGGGCAGCGGUGACGAGGGCGUUAUCUUCAACGACGAGUCCGACAAGUCAGAUGAGGAGCCCGUCGACGAAGACAUUUCCGAGCCAGAGCCAGCACCCAAGCCCAAGAGCAAGGACUCCAAGAAGAAGGACGAGGAGCCCUCAGACGAGGACGACGAUUUUGACAUGGACGUCUCUGACGAUGAUGCCUUUGUUGGAAGCGACGAGGAGCUGCCUAUGGACAUGGGCGACUUUGGAGAAGAAGAGGAAGAGGAAGAGGAGAAACCGGCCAAGGAGAAGGACUCGAAGAAGCGGCGCAAGCUCAAGCACCUGCCUACAUUUGCAUCUGCAGACGACUACGCGGCACUACUGGCUGGAGAAGACGAUGGAAUGUAA